GAUACGCACGGGCCGCUUGUUCUUUCACGUGCCGUCACCCUCACAACGUCUGACAGCGGCGGGAGAGCCUACGGGAGUUACACAUUUUCAUAAAGAAAAUAGCACCGUAUUCCAUGAAAAGAAAGAAACAAGAUAAGAGAAUGUAAAUAAAUAAACUGUUAGGUAUACUGUAGUAAUCGCGCUGCCUAGUGAGUGACGUCCGGAGCUGGAGUCAUUUGGGUUAGCCGGUUAUUUCAGUGUAAGCGUCUGCUCCACGUGAGCGUUUUCAUUUUGCAUUUUUGUGUUUGACUGUUAAUACAAGUAAUGAAAGUAAAAGUACUUUGAAAACGCAAACUUGAAGGACCAAAUCGAGAUCUUGUGUCGACACCUUGGUCGAGGAAGCCAACUGCCUAAACUCCAACAGGAUGAAAGUGGAUCUACUUCCCCUUACCUUAUGCCUCCUCUGUACAGUCAUGCUGUGCAGAGGGCAGUCCACGACUAUUCCAACCUCGACUACACCUGCUCCAGGCUCAACGACACCUAAGCCAGGAUCAACUACACCCCAUCGACCAUCCACCACUCCUGUUCCAGGCCCAUCAACCAGUAUGGGGGCACCCACCAUAAUAGUAACUGACUCUCCCUCCCCAACGACUCCACCCACCCCACCGAGGGAGACCACCUCCGUCACUGGUCAGGGGGGAGGUGGGUCUGAAGGGUUUUCAGAUGGCGCCAUCGCGGGCAUCACCAUUGGUUCUAUUGCCGGCGUGGCCGCUGUUGGUGGUGGUAUCUUUGGAGUACUGAAGUACACUGGGAGAGUGUGAAAAGCAAG